AUGAACGUCACUGUAGUCGGCGCUUCUGGCGAGACUGGCCGCUCCAUCAUCGAUGGGCUCUUGGGUUCAUCUACCAACUUUAACGUGACUGCGAUUGUUCGGCCUGCCUCAAUCAACAAACCCGCAGUCCAAAAAAUCAAGAGCCGAGGUGUUUCCAUCAUUGCCCUCGAGCUUGUCAACACCCACGAAGAGCUUGUAAAGGCUCUGACAGGUCAGGAUGUUGUCAUUGUCGCCCUCGAGCCCUUCUCUAUUGAACCUCACCUCGCACUGGCAUCUGCCGCCAAAGACGCUGGAGUCAAGCGUUAUGUCCCUAGCGCCUUUGGACCAAGCUGUCCUCCUACAGGAGUGAUGAUGAUUCGAGAACUUCGUGUGAUCAAUCACAUCAAGAAGAUCUAUCUGCCGUACACCGUCAUCGACGUUGGCAUGUGGUACCAGAUCGCCAUACCACGCCUACCUUCUGGCAAGAUUGACUAUGCUCUUACGUAUUCGUCGGAUCAGGUCGCCGAUGAGGGUCAGAGAGCCUCGAGCAUCACGGACUUGAGGGAUAUUGGCAAGUAUGUGGAGCGGAUCAUUACGGAUGAGAGGACUCUGAACCAGUAUGUGUUUGCGUACAACGAGGUGUGGACUCAGAACCAGAUCUGGAACCACCUUGAGAAGAUCAGUGGUGAGAAGAUUCCACGAAGCCCGGUAUCGAGAGAAGAAAUUGAAGCUACUAUUGCUGCCGCUAAGACAAAGUACGAUGGAGGAGACAAGUCGUACCAGGACCUUCUCGGCUUCGUCGUGCCCCAGUACUUUUACAGCGAGUGGCACAGAGAGGACAAUAUCCCAGAACGAGCCAAGUACCUGGGCUACCUCACCACAAAGGAUCUGUAUCCAGAUUUCGAGUACACCAAGUUCGAGACAUACUUGGACGAGUUGGUCAAGGGUUCAGGAGUCCCCGUAUCGUCCUCCCUUCUCGCUAGAUCUCUGUGCAAUGCAAUGGCACCGUCGUCCCGUCCCUUGCUCCCAUGGCCCGCGUCGGACAAGCCGAAGAUUGGCAGCAGAAUCCAGGGUCCACCCCUUUUCAAGCCCCCCAAGACUAGAACGGCAUGUCAUCACUGUCGGAAACGCAAGGUGAAGUGCGGCGGCCAACGUCCGACCUGCCGGGCCUGCAUCCAGCGGGAGCUCAAGUGCGAGUAUCCCGUAGAGAAGAGCGAGGUCAUUGAGGCCAGCUCUGAGUCGAGGGAUCUCGUCGCGCGUCUGCGCAGCCUGCCGUAUGACCAAGCUCUGGAGCUCUUCCAGCAGUUACGUGAAGGGCAAGGAUCUUCGUCUUCGGCUGCAGGAGAGGCAAGCACACCUGCGAGCAACCAAGGGUCAAGUAUCCCGCCGUCCAUGCCGAACAUGAACAUUAUCAGGAGUUGUAUGCCUGGGACCCCAAACUCGCUCGAGUUUGAGCUUGCUAUCAGACAUCCUAUUGCGUACCCAACGUUAUAUCCCAUACCUAUUGGUUCCCUCCCAUCUGAGCGGAUGAUCCGGCCAACCAGAACCAUCCAGUCGCCGUCAACGUCUCCUUCAGUAGAGUCAGACGAGUCCCCUCGAAAAGAUACCAUCUCACAUACUUCCAGUUUCUCCGUAGCACAGCCGCCGACACUACUGGUUCACAGCGGCCUUGGGCAACUCGACAUCUCCUACUGGACGGAUGUGCCCAUUAGCAAUGAGCUGGCUGCGCGGGUCAUCUCUCUCUACCUCGAGAUAGAUUACCCAGUCUUGCCCCUAUUUCAUGCUGACCUCUUUGUCCAAGAUCUCGUACAGCGACGGGGAUAUUUCUGCUCUCGCUUCCUUGUUUCCGCCCUUCUGGGUUGGGCUUGUCAAGCGUACAGUGCCCUGAAGCCGGACAUCUCCGUAUAUAGCGUCGAAUUCUUUUCCGAGGCCGAGGGAUGCCUCGCAGCCAUGCCGUCAGCCAACACGCUCACGGCUGUCUCGGCGCUGCAGUUACUCUGUAUGACUGCUGUGACGCAAGGCAGGGACGACGUUGCUUUGAGAUAUCUUCAAGAAAGCGUCAAAGUUGGCAGGGCGAUGGGCUUGUUCGGCGUCCAGCCUGGGAGGCCCUCGGCAAACAGCUGGCUGGACGGAUACCACGAUUGGCGCAUCGCCGCGUCGUAUACGGCAUGGGGAGUAUUCAACUGGGUCUCUGUUCACGGCCUUCACUACCAAAGAGCAGAAAUCGAGAUUCCUCCACAGCUCCCGAUGCCGGGCGACGUCGAGUCGGGCCCAACUAUGCAGGGGGACUACUCUGCCCAGCUUUGUCCUACAAAGGACACAUUCAGGGCUUGCUGUCAGCUCUGGGUCAUCUUUCAUCAGGUACUCUGGUCAUAUUAUGGCCAGAAGCAGACCGGGGUACCCUCACAACGUGUUCCGAUCGAGUUCGCCGAAGGGAUAUAUCGUCGAUUAUUAAUGUGGGCAGACGACCUGCCUUUGGACCUCGUACGAAACGAAUUGAGCAAUCACGGGGUCAUGAUGAUGCACAUAUACUUUCACGCCAUCGUUACCGAUAUAUUCAGGCCUCUUCUCGUUGAAGCCGACAGCAGCAAACCCCUCCGCCUAGGCUCGUUCACAGCGCCUCGGGCAACUCCAGAAGCCGCGUACUUAGCUUCCGUGAACCAGUUGAAGCGCCUACUACUCAUGUAUCGGCUCAACUUUAGGACAGCCAUGUUCUCGGUGGUCUGGCAAACAGGCCUCAUCUACGUUGCCAACGCUAUGAUGAGGGAGGUGAAGGCUGGUAGUAACGAAUGGCGCUACUACCUCCACCUCUGCAUGGCCGGGCUGGAGGACCUUUACGCCUCCUACAGGGUGUUUGGGUCUAUUGCAAAGGCCAUUCUAGGCAUAGCGAUUGAACACGGGGCCCUCAGAUCCUCUGAAGCACGUCGCAUCACGAACGAGUUGGAGGACCUAGGUCGCCACCACACGGCCGCCAAGCCGUUGGGCGAUGGGCGAGAGGUGGCCAACUGGAUCAUUGAUCUGGAUCUUGCCAUGACGGACCCUGAGGCCGCGCAAGGCAGCAACCUUGCAGAGAAGUUUCAGGAGCUCAUUAUCGAAGACCCCUCAGAGGAGAAAAAAUCUUAG